AUGGCAUCGUCAAGAACCCCAUCGGCCCUCCUCUCUUCCUCCCUCCGCCGGUGCCGGUCAAUCCCCUCUUCUGUCUGCGGCUCUUCCUCCCGCCCUAUUACGACAACAGCAACCACAACACCUCGCCACCUCCCCGCCCUCACACAAACCACGCUCUCCUUCUCCUCGCAAUAUGGUCUACCGCGAACCCAAAUCCGACACAGCUCGCACUCCCCGCUGGGCGCGAGCGCCGCCGCCCCGGCCCGGAAGAAGGUGACCCUGCAGACGCUGCGGGGCAUGUACAAGCGCGGGGAGCCGAUCACCAUGCUCACGGCGCAUGACUUCCCGUCGGGUCAUGUGGCCGAGGCGGCGGGGAUGGAUAUGGUGCUCGUCGGGGAUAGUCUGGCGAUGGUGGCGCUGGGGAUGGAGGAUACGAGUGAGAUCCUGAUGGAGGAGAUGCUGCUGCAUUGUCGCAGUGUGGCGCGGGCGGUGAAGGGGGCUUUUACGGUUGCCGAUUUGCCCAUGGGAUCCUAUGAGGUCUCCCCGGAGCAGGCCUUGCAGUCUGCGAUUCGCAUUGUGAAGGAAGGGCGGGUGCAGGGGGUCAAGAUUGAAGGUGGGGAGGAGAUGGCGCCGACGAUCAAGCGCAUCACGCAGGCGGGGAUCCCCGUGGUCGGGCACGUCGGGCUCACGCCGCAGCGGCAGCAUUCGCUGGGCGGGUUCCGCGUGCAGGGCAAGUCGACGGCGGGCGCGCUGCGGCUGCUGCGCGACGCGCGCGCGGUGCAGGAGGCCGGGUCGUUCAUGAUGGUCGUCGAGGCGGUGCCCGCGGAGAUCGCGGCCAUCGUCACCCAGAAGCUGCGCGUGCCGACCAUCGGCAUCGGGGCCGGCAAUGGCUGCUCCGGCCAGGUGCUGGUGCAGAUUGACAUGACCGGCAACUUCCCGCCGGGCCGCUUCCUCCCCAAGUUCGUCAAGAAGUACGCCGAUGUCUGGGGGGAGGCCAUCAAGGGCAUUGAGCAGUAUCGCGAUGAGGUCAAGAGCCGCGCCUAUCCGUCGGAGCAGUACACCUAUGCUAUCCCGAAGGAGGAGCUGGCGGAGUUCGAGCGAAUCGUCGAAGAGGGACGUGACAAUUGA